CUUGAAACCCUCCGCGCAAUCACUCAUUCAAGGAAACGUUUUGGGAGGUUGGUUGCGGGGCUAGAUUGCUAUAUUGUAACUGAUCUGUUGAGCGUAUUGGCCGUUAUUGACAUUAUCGCGUGAUAUUCUUUGGAUACCACACCGGAACUGGACGCCGAAAACUGGGGUGAGGCAGGGGCCGGAGUCCUGCUGCUGUUCGACCAUCAUGUCUUACAUGCUGCAGCAUCUACACAAUGGCUGGCAAGUGGACCAGGCCAUCCUGUCGGAGGAGGACCGGACAGUAGUGAUCCGUUUCGGCCACGACUGGGACCCGCAGUGUAUGAAGAUGGAUGAAACUCUGUACAAUAUAGCUGAGAAGGUGAAAAAUUUCGCCGUCAUCUACCUAGUGGACAUUACAAAAGUCCCGGACUUUAACAAGAUGUAUGAGUUGUACGACCCAUGUACGGUCAUGUUCUUUUUCCGCAACAAACAUAUCAUGAUUGAUUUGGGGACGGGAAACAACAACAAAAUCAACUGGGCAAUGGAAGACAAGCAGGAAAUGAUCGACAUAGUGGAAACCGUAUACCGGGGUGCGCGCAAGGGCCGUGGUCUUGUGGUGUCACCAAAGGAUUACUCCACCAAGUACCGAUACUGAGACACUUAAGAUCAGGACAAUGAGGAUUUUUUGUGCGGCUGUUACUUGUCUGUGUGGUGGACGUUCGUGACCAUUGGUGUACAUCAGGGCCGUAAACAUUGGCUGCUCCUCGUGCUUAUAUUGUUUGGACUUGUCCUGCCUUGUCUGUGCUGGACAUAACCACCAUUGUCUGCGACGUUUACUUAGGUCCUUCCACCAUAACGUGAAAUAUAUGUAAAUGCAUCAAAU